AUGUCGACAAGCGGUCAACCCGAAGACUCGAUGGGGAUGUUCCAGCGUCGGUCGUUUUCAGACGUAUUUCAUCAAUACGACGGUCAGAGAUGUCGAAGUGUACUGGAAGAAUCAAAUUUCACAUACCCAAUCCCCCGGGGAACGGUGUCAGCCUGGUAUCGAGAAGGCUUCCCUACUAGAAGAGGAGGACUUGGAAUAUCCGUGCACGGUGGGAGCGAUGCUGACGAUGAUCUGGAUGGUGUGGUCUCUUACGGAGCGCAACCGCACAUCUCUGAAUCGCCACUCCUGUCGAUUGCGCCGUUCGGUACUAUCGCGUCACUGGACCAGAUCGAUGGCUACAUCCUGCGUUACUACGACCGCGUGGUCUGCUCCAAUGCAUCUUUGCUCGACGACCCGGCCAAUAACCCGGCGCGCUAUGUAUUCCUACCGCUUGCAUCUUCUUCUCCCACCAUCCUUCGGGCCAUCCUUGCUGUCGGUGUGGGAAAGCUGGCCCACCGGGAACCACGUUAG